GACUUUGAGUGAGGGGCAGGUAAUAUAAGAUGUUUCUUCUCCCUGUGUCGAGAUGUGACAUGAUAUUGACAAAUCGAGAAAUUGCCUUGGCUGGAAGAAAGAAAGAAAGUUUAAAUUUAAAUUUAAAUUUUCCAAUUAUCAGAUUCAGACAGUCAACAAUGUCCCAGCUUCUCUGUUUGACAUUUGUGGUGUAGAUUUCAGUGACUGUGAUGCUUCGUGUCUCUGUUUGGUAAGUUUUAGUUUCUGUUGUGGUCUGGGUCUCCGUGAUGAUUUGUAUUAAGUUAUCGCCUGUUUUGUUAUAACUGCAGUAUUGCUGUCAUUUCUGUGUUACUUACUGACACUGUAGUUUGUAGGGAUUGGUACAUGUAUGUAUACAGCUGACAUAGUCAAAGUUAAUUAGUUUAAUUGGUCCCAUUCAGGCCAGAUCUUAUUUCCAUAGAGGUCCAUGUAAACAGAAGCGUACACGGCACAUAAAGGGGAAGAGAUACACUUUACAGAUAUUCACUGAACUGAUUUCCCUACUCUGUCAGCAGAGGCGGAGAAACUACAGGCCACAUACACCGAGAGAGCACACAACAUGGAGAGACACUCAGGAAGUGAACAGGGGAAGUUUAGUGGUUUCUUGCGUCAUCGUUUUAAGCUGCUACUUGUGUGCCGAUGCUGAGUGAAGGUAGGAACGAUCAUAUUCGCUUUUUUAACUUUCUUUAUCCCUCUUUUUUUCUACACUGAAACUCUUGAGUAAAAAGUGGGCAGAGAGCGAGGGAUGGUGGACAAAAGGAGAGCGGUGGCAGGUGCGAAGAGGAUGCAGGAGGUGGGGAGUGACUUUGAAUGUCUGUUGGAGUCUGUAUGUUCAAGCUUUAUGAGUCCACUUCCGCUGCCGAGCAAAAAAAGCAGCAAGGCCGUGACAUGCAGGACUGAGCAGGACUGAAAUGAACGUGGUCAAAGAUCUGGAGUGGAGACAGGAGGUGUAGCUGAGUCCAACAUCCCUGAAAUGUGUAAUGGUGUGAAUGGUGUGAGACAUUUUGAGGGUUAUUCCUCUGAAUAGCAGAAGUGUAGAAACAAGGGUGUGGCUUUUCAAAUCGAGAAUAAAUAGUGUGCAUCAGGGGGAAGUGAAGAGCUGCAAAUGCACGGCGAGGAUUCAGAGCAGCUUAUUCUUUGAUUUUUGAAAAGUUGUGGCAUCAGGAAGCACAAAAACAUUUAUUUCUGCUUUUUCAGUAAAUGAAGAAAUGCUUUAAUACACCAGAGGAAACAACCUGCACCCUGCUAUGUGCACUGAAGCGCAGGAAACAGCAGCUACACCCUCAAAUCUCUGAAAUGUGCAACACCUCUGCUGAGACAGCGGCACAUUAACCCAGCUGGUCAACAAAAUCCAGGACUCAGUCGGUCUGUUGGUGACACACAAGAAACUGGGGUUGUUUCUGGAUGUGAGGUGAACACAGCAGAGGGGACAAGAUGAGGAGAGUUCGGAGGAAAGGAGGGAACAAGGAGAAGGUGUUUGGGUGUGAUCUGCUGGACUACCUGACCGCCUCGUCUCAAGAGAGUAAGUGGACGGAUUUAUUCUUUUAAAAAAGACCAAACACAGAAGAGAGCUGAUAUAUGAAAUAAUGAUUUUAUCGCUGUCCCCAACAGUCCCUCUGGUGUUGAGAUGCUGCAGCGAGUUUGUGGAGAAACAUGGGAUCGUGGACGGGAUCUACAGGUUGUCAGGAGUGUCCUCCAACAUACAGAAACUUCGGUAAGCUGAGUUUGUAACGCUGAUUUGUAAAUCUUCGAUCCAAAGUUCUCAUCAGAUUUCUGAUUUUUACCAUCAGGGGUGAGUUUGAAGGUGACGGGAGUCCAGAUCUGAACAAAGACGUGUACCUGCAGGACAUCCACUGUGUCAGCUCUCUGUGUAAGGCUUACUUCAGAGAGCUGCCCAAUCCUCUGCUCACGUACCAGCUGUACGACAAGUUCGCUGUGAGUACCUCAGACACACAAGUUCACCUCUUUGUUGAGCAGUCAUGAAGGUUCCUGAAGGUUUUAAGUAUCUCAAAAAUACAGUCAAGGAAAAGUACUAUCAUUGUGUGUUACAGGAGGCUGUGGCCAUCCAGCUGGAGGAGGAGAGACUGGUGAAGAUCAGAGAUGUGCUGAAGGAGCUGCCGACUCCACAUUACAGGUGCGGUCCUUCACUUUUCCAAACGAUCUUAACCUUUAGGAAACAGGUCAUGGUCUGUAUUUAAAUGCUGUAUCACCUGCUUUCAGGGGCCAUCCUUUUAGUUUUUUAUUUUUAUUUUACUUAGUAGACGUAAAGCCUCUUCAAAAAAAAAAAAGAUGGCUGCAAGAUACAGGGGGUUUAAAAGUAAUCGAGCUUACAAAAAACUUUAUUCCCAGGUAAAACUCUUUAACUACUACAACAACAUCUCUAUUUCAGGACUCUGGAGUUCCUGAUGCGCCAUCUGGUCAGGAUGGCUUCAUAUUCCUCAGAAACAAACAUGCACGCCAGGAACUUAGCCAUCGUCUGGGCCCCCAAUCUGCUCAGGUUUGCCUUGAUUAGAAACGUACAUCAGCAUCUGCCCCGCUGCUUACAAAUGCAGAUCUACUUUAAUCGACUGAACCGACCAAUCAAUCUGUGUUUGUUUAGGUCAAAGGACAUCGAGGCGUCGGGUUUUAACGGGACAGCGGCCUUCAUGGAGGUCAGGGUUCAGUCCAUCGUGGUGGAGUUCAUCCUCACUCACGUCCCUCAGCUGUUUCCCACUCUAGGUACCACCAAAGAAACCGGAAACAUGCGUCCCACACAGCUACCUCCGUCACUCUGUAUAACCGAAUCACUUCUGCUGUUUUUAGGGGUGUCCGGUGAGAGGAGGAGCUCGCUCCCUUCGCCGACAGCGGCGUCCAUGCCAGUGGACGGGUUUUUCAGACCUGUUGUUCAACCCAUCCAAAACUUCGGUAACAUCAGCCCAGGAGACGGUCCUUUACCCAUCAGGCCGUACCACGCCAUCAUCGAAGGCACAGACAAGUGAGUGCAGUGAUUUACUUUGUCUGAUCUGGAUUUUGAGCGUGAACAUGAUCAGUUGGAAAACAUAAACUGUCGAGAUAAUACUUGACUUUGUAUGUCACUGUGUCACUCAGGAGGAAAGGGUCUCUCAAAGGUAGGAAGUGGAUGUCAAUUUUCAACAUUGGAGGACGAUUCCACGACCCGAGACGGAGACACAAACACUCGGCCAAAGGUACAGAACAUUAUCAAGGCUAUUAUCAAUCAGUUAAUCAAUCAAUCUUUAUUUAUAUAGCGCCAAUUCACAAGCACUUUACAAAAAAAAGUGGGUCUAGUCCAAACUCUAGAUACAAAGACUCAUGCAAAGACGGUAUAAGAUCAGACCCACUCCCCUCCCAUCCUUAUCCACAUGAAAGUAGGACUGGAGAGGAACAACUUCCUAUAACGGGCAAAAACCACAGACUCAUGCUAGACCAUCAUCUGCUGAGUCUACAUUGAGUUUAAAGAGAGAGAUGGACAGAUAGCUGGACAGCACACAGGUCCACAGCAGUAAAACGUCUCCAUCCAGAGGAACCUACGGCAUGAUGGAGCUCAGGGACUCCAAGAGAAAACCGCUGAUAAUUUAUCACCGUUUGUAUACCUUCACCUAAAACAGUCCCUCCUUUGUUUCCAGAGAAAGACCGGCCCACCCUAAGACCAGCGAGAAGCAUGGACUCCCUCAGUACAUCACCGUAUCCAAAUGAAGGUGCUGCUCCGAUCACACAUUUUCUAAAUCUCAAGAAUGACUUGACUGUAUGCUUAGAUCAGCAUGGUCCUUUAACAUCAGCCUGUAGGCGUGUUUCUAUAUACAUGUGAAUGCACGUCCUUCCAGCAACAUGGCGGGACGUUGACCGACAAUCCAGCGUCUCCGUUUGUGUCUCUGGUGAGUAAAAAGGGUUUACUGGUCCUAACCUGUUAAACUUUGCUUUUCAGGAUCUAGACGUCCUGCACAGCGACCUCCUUCCACCACAACACCCCUUGUCCCCUCCCCCCAACAACCCGGCCCUGACGCUGCAGCGUCCAGCCCUCCGAUAGGUGGCAGUGAAUAUGCGGUGACGUACCGCAGGGGGACAGGGUUAGUGAGCGGAGGGUCAGGGACUCAGGGCACCUACACCGCUCUAGAUCCUGAGGGUUUAGGACUCACAGGAGGGGAGACUGUGCAGUCCAGAUCCCCGGGAAUCUCCACCAAAGUGGGUCGCAGAGCAGCCAUGCACAUCACGGGGCCCACCAUGGUUACGGUGCCCCUCCACAUCACCUCUAACUUAGCCUUAGGGGUGCUGCAAGGGGGCGGAGCCAACAGGGUCAUCCAUCGAGGCAGGGAGAAGGACGAAGGAGACAAGGUGGAGGGUAAAGAGGGAAGAGAGAGGAAGGAGAGCGUAACCAAGGAGAGGAAGAAGGAGAGAGGCAGGAAGGACGAGGAAGAGGAGAAUCACCAAAGAGGGAAAGUUACAGACGUAGAAACAGAGAGGAACAAUAAGGGAGGUGAUGAUGAGGAAGAAGGAGGUGAAGGGAAGAAGGAAGAGAGGAAGGAAGACAGAAGAGAGUCAGUGUCAGGGACGGGGAAACGAAGGAUGUCCAGAGAGAAACGAGCCGUGAGCCUGACCUCCAACACGCCGGAGGAUGAUAAUAAAGACGCUCCAGAUGAUGAGGCGGAUAUUGACGGCAACGAUGAGUACAUGGGUAAUGGAUAACUUAUAAUCACUUAUAAUCAGUGUGAUUAAAUACAUUUUUAAUUGUAUAUUUCAAACGUCGAAUAUCGAAUUUUAGCCCAUGUGGAUUUAAAUAAUUUAAGUUUGUGUUUUAACUUUAGAUAUGAAAGACGUGGUCACUGAAUGUCAGCCGGAGGCUCAGCACACCGAAGUGUUUGACACGUCAGAUAUCUUCAACUCGACUGAGGUGGAAGGGGACGACCUGGGGCUGUCAGGCUACGUUCAAGACAACUUUGAGUUCCUGGACCAAAUGGACUGCAGCGUCAUGGACCACAUGGACUGUGGUGUUCCGUACCAGGUGUGUGUGAGUUUGUGUGUGUCACCUUAAAGGGAUAUUCCAGCGUAAAAUAAAUUUAGGGUCAAACACACCGUAGUACUGAGUUAGACACCCCCUCCAGAGAUGAAUGUUGCCGACCGCUUACUUCUCUAGUUAUACCAACUUUAGUAACGACCGCAGGAUAGCAAUACACAGCGGUCUGAGGAGUCUUAAACAAACCUCAACUAAAACACCACUCUAUAGCCACAAAUAAUGCUCAGAACAGCUCCUAACUUCAUCAACAGUACAUAUAGGGUCCCAGCCAUAGUACUAGCCACCAAACAUCUUUUUAACUUUGCCUCAUUUCUUUAGCAAAGAGACUAAACACAACCCACCUACUCUCUCCCAGCAGCCGCUUGUUUGUAGCGAGACCUCAGGCCAGUCCAUUAAGGACUACAGCGGGGUGAUGCAGCUCAAGGAAGAACAUUUAUGAUUAUUUCUUUAUCAUUUCCUUGAAGUAAUAAUCACCAUAUUAAUCAUUUUGCACUGCAGACGUGGUAGUUCUUCUCCCUUACUGUCUCGGUCUGAUUGCAUUUCCAUGAAGAAAUGAUGGAAGAGAGUAGGUAAGUUGUGUUUAGUCUCUUUGCUGAAGAAAUUAGUCAAAGCUAAAAAGAUGUUUGGUGGUUAGUACUAUGAUUGGGACCCUAUAUGUACUGUUGAUGAAGUUAGGCGCUGUUCUGAGCAUUAUUUGUGGCUAUAGAGUGGCGUUUUGGUUGAGUGCGUGGUUUUGGGUAUUGCUAUCGUGCGGUCAUUACUAAAGUUGGUAUAACUAGAAAAGAAAACGGUCAGUGACAUUCAUCUCUGGAGGGGGUGUCUAACUCAGUGUUUCGGUGUGUUUGACCUUAAAUUAAUUUUACGCCUGAAUAUCCCUUUAACAGAAAAGGAUUGUUUACCUUUGAAUCUAAAGACCUAUCACUUUUUGUUGUUACCUGUCAGGUGAACGAGUUCUCCGUUGAACCUCCUGUUGAACUCCCCGGUCACUCGGAUGAUGAGUAUGAAGUCAUGGAGCAGUAUCAGCCCACAGAGGACCACACACACCUUCAGCCAGGACCUGAAACACACACGCUUAGCCCCACACAGUUAAACCCACACAGGCCGCUCAGCAUCGACUUGAACAGCAGACACACAAAAUCUCUCAGUUUGCCGUACAUGACCUCACCGGUCCACGGACCAGAGGAGUCCGGCUCUGAGGAGGAGGAGGCUGAGGAGGAUGAGAGUGAUGACUACAGCAGCGAGGACUCUGACAGCAUGUUCGUCAAGAGUCUCCCCUGUGAUUACUUUUUGAACAGUCUGUCCGGGUUAGAACUAGAUGCUGACAGUACGGACAAACACACCAAUGAUGGAGCUGCUGUGCAUCAAACUUCUGAGGACACAGGAUCUAUGAACCUCGAAUGUCCUGCAGAGAAAGUAUCAGCUGAUGGGCAAGAGGUGCAGGUGGAAGAGAAGAACGAAGAGGAAAAUGGACUGGAAGAGAGGGAGACAACAGAGAAAGAAGAGGGAGAAGAACUGGAAAAGACAAGGUAAUGGUGAAAUUAGAUAUUGUACAACGGAAAGUCAAAGGUAAUGUUUGUAAAGAUGAGCACAACGACGCCAUGUGUAGCUAUUUUAAUUAUAUGGGUCCUUCUAGACAACAAAACAGUUAAACCAGAAGUCCACUACACUCCCAUUACCAAAUGGCUAACAUGCAAAAUUAGCAACUAGCUCAUUAAAUCUCCUAACCCUAACCCGACAGACUUGACGUUUCACAGCCAGAGCUAAAAUUUUGAAAUUUCAAAAUACGACUCAAACUAAAGGUACAUUUAUUUCUCUGUAUGUGCUACAUCUAUUAACAGGGACAUUUGCCUACCAUCCUACAGAAAAAAAUCGUUUCCUAUUAGCAAAGUGCGUUGCAUCACUAGCUAUGUACAUAGUGGUGCUGCCCUCUAGUGGUAAAAAUAGGAACCAAAGCAGGUUUAAAGGAUCGGACCACCUCUCUGUGUUAAGGAGUUACAGAGCAAAAUACUGCUGCUGUGAUGAGCUGCGUGAAAGUUGGUUAAAUGGUCCAAAAAUAAGCUAAAGCCGGAGCUGUUUUUGGCAUUAAUGAAGAUUUAAGGCUUCAUUAUACUGUAGCAAAGCACAAAUUAGAAAAAGAUUUAAAGAUUGAACAACAUGAGGCAAAAUAGGACCCUGUUAAGAAAAACUGAAAUAUGCUGAGUCAUACUGCUAGCUUGCGCCGCUACUCUGCUAGCUAUUAAUGGACUGAAUUCAGAAGCUUUUAAACAAACAGACUUUUUGUUUUUUUGCAUUUAUAAAACCAUAAAAAUUAAGAUGAUAGUACCUACAGACUACAGUUACAACUGUGACUAUUUUAAAAAUAACUUACUAGCUUUAGUGUAUCAAGGCUAAUAGUUAGCUAUCGAGUUUGGCAGCUAGUCUUUGUCCUAAACUCCAAGUGUUGACGGCUAUCAUUGGCUUCAUAACAGCCUCUAAGUGAGACGACAGUUGACAUCACUGAGACACUCAUGCUUUACAAUAUAUGGUUUAAUGUGAGGCUGCAUAACUUUUAUGAGACAGAAGAAAUAAUCUCUUUAUUUCCAGUGACUAAUAUCAGUACAGGAGCGCAUCUUAGCUAAUCUUCACAAACCUUUGAUUGAUACAUAACUUUAAUCAAUAAGUAAUCUCUUUGUAAAGCUAAUAUAUGUAAGUUUAUCAAAACAUUCGUAUUUGCCCCUAUGUUAUACCAAAAAAGGGUAACCAUGGCCUGAAAGCACUGAUUUCUCUCUCCUCGUUGCAGCAGAAGAAAGUUUUUAAAAUUGCUUAAAUUGAAUAAAAACAGAUAAUCUUCGUAUGUUUGGCUUAAACCAAUAAAAAGAAGAUCCCCUGAAUCCUCCAUAUAUCACUUCAAUGUUAAGUUAAACCAAGAAAAUUAAGGUUUUUUAAUAAGCUCAAAACCAACUGUUGGUCAAAUGUGAAAAUCGACCAAAAACACUCUUAAAAUUGUCUCUUUUUUUGAUGAUUUUCACAGUGAAGAGACAGAAGAGGAUCACGUUGCUCUGGAAGACCCUCAAAGUGACGAAGAUCAGCCUGUAUCUCCAGAGGAGUCCACACACUGCCGCCCUGAGCUCCCCCAGCUGACUACUGACGAAUCAUGUAGCACGCCGGACGCCAUGAUAGAGAAACAUGAGUCUAUAGAUGAUUCUCACAGUUCCAUUCAAGGAGAACCUGAUGAUGGUCCUUCAGAAGAAAUUAGAGACUUUUCCAUGAGGGCAACAGAGGAGCUGCAAUCCUGUGAUAGAGGAGACAGUGAUGAGGGAGAGGACAAGGUUUCCAAAGAGGACACAUGUCAAGAAAUAACCGUGGAAAGAAAAGAAAGUGAGGAGAGCCUGAGGGUAGAAGAAACUAUGGACAACAAAGAGGAAGAGCAGGAAGGGGAGAUUCAAGAAGAUGGAAAAGAAGAGGAUAGUGUGAUUUGGGACGACUUAGAGGAUGUUGCAUGUGAGGUUAUAGAGGAAGAGGAAGGUGCACAAGAUGUGAAGAAAACUGCAAGAGCAAGUGUCUCUAGUGAAAAGGAUAAAAAAGUUGGAGAAGAUCAAAAUGAAAGAGAGGUUAAAACUGAAGAAAUUCUUAUGAACCCAGAAGAGACGCGAGUUAAAGUGGAAAAUGAGGCAAAUUUACAGAGUACAACUGAACUAGAAGAAGUAGUAAAAGAGAAGUGUGUCGUCAGCAAAGAGGCGCAGCAACAUGACAGAGAAGGAAAAGCUUCAGGAGGAAAAGAAGAAGAGAGCAGCAGCAAAAUACGGGCUGAUAAGCAGCAAAUAAGAAUAAAAAGUAUGGAUGUGAAAGAGGUCAGGUCUGAUUUAAAGGCCCUGACAGAAGGCAAAGGUGUGGGAAGAAAGCUGGUCGUCUCCAAAAAUCCAAAGUUUUAUCAAGUGAAAGCACUGCCUGUCGUGCCUCCGAAGCCUCAGCACUGCAAAAUCACCGCCAUGACCCUCCGACAGCAGCAAAGAGAGAGAAAAGACGCCGACAAAAACAGAGAAAACACGGUGAAAAUCCCAACAGAGGGGGAAAAAGUUUACUCAAGAGGGCAGGAGAAAGACGGAGCCGAGGAAGACGAGGGAGAAGGAACGCCUGAACUCAGGGGUGGAGACAGGGAGAGGUGGAGGGAUGUGGAUGAAAGUUUCAUGAGGGACGUUAACAGAAACAGUCCUCUCAGUAUGAAUUUUGAGGAGGCUGUCGCCAUAGCAACCAUGAAGCGGGAAAAGGAGAAAGAUUGUGAGAAGGAGAAGGAGAGGCAGAAGGAUUGGGGGAAUGAAGUACAGUGAAGACAGUUUUUUUAGUUUGUUAAAGAAGUAUUGAUUUAAACUGAUCAGAUUGUACAAAGUGGUUUUUAGCUCCUUUAGCAUAAAGGGCUAAAUGUCCCUUUUAUAAAUGGAGUAUUUUCUUUCAGUGCAAAUCACAGUAUUGUUUAGGCAAUCCUACCAGGAUGAUGGUUUGUAGGCUUUAUCUUUGUUUCCUUUGCAGGAGUGUGUCCAGAGGGUGGAAAGGGGUGGCAUGACCCCCUCUUUAAAUCUAAUCAGCCUUCAAAGGGACCACCCUAAAAUCCUUUCAUAUCAUAAAAAGGCAUAAAUAUCCAUUUCUGUCUAUUACAUUAAUGUCAAAAAGUCUCCUCACAGGAGUUUUAAAGUAAAUAUCAUUAGUGUGGACAGGAAUAGUAGAAAAAUCACAAUUAUUCGUGUGUGUGCUCAGAUAUGUCACACCCCCGUUCUUUCCAUUUCCUAUUAUAUUUCCUAAAAUCCAGCCUGUAUACAGUAGAUUUUUAAAACAAAGGUCAAAGGGUUAGAUAAAAUAUUUUCUCAAAGUAGAUAUGAUGAAAAUGUAUCAUCUGUGAUCAAAAUUUUAUAAGCAAAAGUUAGAUUUUUUAUGAUGUGCAUAAAGAGACAUUUAUGAGGCAGAGUCAGUUGUUUUUAUAAACAUAGGAAUGAUGUUAGAUAUUUUUUAAUGACUGUAAUGUUUUCAAAUCGAUCUAAAUCUCUUGUCAUAGAUUGAGAUGUUUUUUUUUUUCCUAAAGACAUAUGUUGCAUCAUAAUAAAAUAUGUGCAGUAUUGAAUGGCUCAUUUCUUAGUUUAACUUAUUCACAUUUUAUUCACUCAGUUUCAAUGAAAAAAAGAGCUUCAGGAAAAAUUGUUAAGAUACAUUAAAGUGUAAUAAUUGGUAAUUAUUAUAUUAAUUAUGAUUUUCUGUUGUAAAAUCCUGUCUUAAUCCUGUCUGUUUCAUCAUUUAAAGGUGGGGUAGGCAGGAUCUGAGGAAGUGCCAGUUUUUCGGGAGAAAUCUUGGAUGUAAGCUCUACCCCUCCUAACCAGUUUUCCUCUCCCCUCCCUCUCUGCCCCGCCCACAAACAGACGCUCCUGCUCGCUCAUAUCGUUCCAGUUAAAUUCAGAUAAUUACAAAUGGGGCCCAGUCAAGUGAAAGUAAAAAGCAUUGGUGCUCCUGUAGAUGUCAACAGACUACCAGCAAACACAAUGUUUGCAGGACUUCUACAACUAGGAUAAAGUGACAUAGUCCAGGACCCGAGGGAGGACAGUUUAGCGGCGCUACAACACGCUACAGCAGGUCCCGUUUGACAAGAAACACUUCUGUUACAGACACUUGUCUUACUUUGUUAAAGCGGUUUACCUGUCCAGCAGAAAGGUUACAGGGUCAGGAAGAUCCUGAAGCGUCCCCCAUCAUUGUUGACCCGGCUGUUUAGCUCUUGUCCGGUCUACCUCCUUUUGAAGUGCCCGUUAUUCAGCUAACUAACUUACUUUGUUUGGGCCCGUGCACGUUAUUCGAGGACUUUGAGCGUACCUCACAACACGAGGGAGCAGCGUCUGCCUCACAACCAAUCAGGUCCGAGAGGUGGAGAACGGCUUUGUUUACAGUCAGAAAGAGCGGACCAUUAAAAAAUGAUAAAAUGUUAACUACAAAGACAUCACAAAUCACAGCGAUAUUGUGAUAUAACCAAAUGUCAUCAAUAACUAAUAUCUAUUGACUCAUAUUAAAAGCUUUUUUGUGUAUACUCCACAAAAAAGAUGCUUCUUUAACAGAUUCCUGCCUACCCCAACUUUAAAGAAUCAUUAAAUCAUUAAAGAUCCCCGACUCGCCAACUUUAUUACUCGGUCAUUUUCUCAGCAGGAAGAAGCCAAUACAAGUGUGAUAGUUAAUGAGCUUCUCAAUGUGAGUCACGAUUUUUAAAGUAUUUCAGCACC